UUGCAACAGUUAAAGAGGAAAAAGAAGUUUUUUCAGGAGUCCUCGAUUAAGCUACGAGUAAAUCCCUCAUUUUAGUAGGCGGCGUAACCCCGCCCUCCACUUGUUUCCGUUAAGUUACUUUCGUUUUCCUUGUUGUGUGUCGUCUUGAUCGGUUGUUGUACCUGAGUUGUGGCAACACUUCCAGCAAGCAUGGCUACUGGAUCCAUAUUUGUCAUCCCUUCUAAUGGAGCGAAUGUAAUCCAAAUGGCCCCAGGAUUACCGGGUGUUGCUCUUCAGGCAUCUGGAGCAACUCCAUAUCCACAGUAUGUGGUCCAGCAACUUGGAAUUUCCACCAGUGCUCCUCAACAAGUCCUCCAAAAGGGUCCUAUGGAGAGAUUCCUCAGUGCUGAGACCAAAGUGCUCGGGGCCAUCCAGAUCAUGAUUGGGUUGAUCCACAUUGGCUUUGGAGCUGUCACAAUUUGUCUCACUUUGUUUCCCUCUUACUACCUUAUCUUGUCUGUAAUUGGAGGUUAUCCCUUUUGGGGAGGGAUAUUUUUCAUUUCUUCUGGAUCACUAUGUGUAGCAGCUGUGAACCGUCCAAAUUGUGGUUUGGUGAAAUCCAGUGUAGGAUUGAACAUCACAAGUGCUAUAAUGGCAUUAACUGGUAUCAUCCUGUAUCUAUGUGAGCUGAUCUUCAAUAGUACUAAUUUUAGGUAUAUCUAUCUAUAUAACACUGAAUAUUUAAACAUUACAACUAUAAAGAAUGUCAGUUAUGGCUUCUCCAGUCUGCUGCUCUUCUUCAGUCUGCUGGAGUUUUGCAUUGCUGUUUCACUUGCACACUUUGGGUGCCAGGCAACUUGCUGUUCUGAUGCCCAGCCAACCAUGCUUUUUGUGCCUUACCAAGUCAUCGGAGGUGGAGCAGACACACCUGAACCAAAUCCUUCUUCUCCUCCACCGACCUAUGAUAACGUGGUUACCAAAUCUCAGUAAAACAAGAAGGAAAUGGGAGAAGUGUUGCAGAAGAGGUUUCAGGAGAAGCAAUGUGUUACCUUGUUUUGUCCUCCAGCUUCCUUGUUUGUUUUUCAAUUACAACCUUUAAACACCAAAUUAAAUGGUGGCAAAUUUAAAAGUUCUUCUAGUUUAAUAGCUAGAACACUUCCCAAGAAGCAAGAAUUUGUGCUGCAAAUCAUCGGCAUAUUUAUGAGGAAGUCAAUUUCCUACACUGGAUGAUGGAAGCUGUUUAUUACACUUCUGUUCAUAUUCUAGAUGGGGUUUUUUAAAUGACAAAUAUGGAAUUAAGUAGGAGAUCUGAUGCUACAGAAAAGAAAAACAGCUACUCAAAUUAAAACAUAAACUAUUAAUAAAACAUAUCAUUGACACAAUACCUGUAGUUCUCGACUUAUGACUGCAAUUUGGACCAGAACGUCCAUAGCUAAAUGAGGCAGUUAAGUGAAUUGUGCCCGAUAUAUGACCUGUUUUGCCGUUGUUGUUUAGUAAAUUAUUCUGGUUAAGUGACUCCCGUGAUCAUUAAGCAAAUUUGGUUUCCCGCAUUCACUUCUUAAAAGCCAGCUGGGAAGGUCACAAAUAGCAAUCACUGAGCCUGGCAUGCUGUUAUACGUAUGUGCUGGUUGCCAAGUACCUGAGUUUUGAUCGUAAUGAACGUGGGGAUACUGCUGUGUGUGAAGACUGGUCAUGAGUCAAUUUUUUCAGUCACGUUGUACCUCUGAAUGGUCACUAAAUGACUGGUUGUAAAUGGAGAACUACCUGUAAUAGUGGUUGCAUAGUCACUGUGAUCCCCAAACAGAUUAGAAGUUUGCAUAUAACAAAAAUAAUCCAUAUUAUUAGGGCACUUAAGCUGAUCAAAAACACAGAAUCCAUGCAAAUUGCCAUUAUUAUUUUUAUUAUUAUUAUUAUUAUUAUUAUUAUUGGUUUUUUGACUAUCGUCCCUUCUCCAACAUGGGAAGCUGUAAACACACUCAUUAGCUGCAUCCUUGAAGAGUUUACAAUUGUGUAAACAUGCAAUUCCAAAAUCAAAGCCAUUCAUACUUUUAGGGAGGGAAUAUGCAGGAGGUGGCAAUAAUGACCCCUUUACAACCUGUAGACUUCAACUCCCAGGAUCCGUGAGCCAGCAUGGCUGAUUCAGCUAUUCUGGGAGUUGAAGUCUACAGUUCAUAAAGGUUGCAGAGUUGCCCAUCCCUUGUGUAUUUCUAAAGAGACUCAAUUGGAAUGUAGAGAAGAUUUGUUGCUUGCUUGUCAUGGUGAAAAGUUUGACUCCUGCAAUGAUUUUUACAAAUGCACAAAAUGUACAUGUUGCACAGUUUUUGAAGUUUGAUAGGCAAUAGCUUGAAUAUAAUCUAGCUCAGUUGAAAUUGUGUCACUAACAGUUCCUUUGUUCAAAGAGUCUGCGUACAGACGGGAAGUUGAACAACCAGCCUUGUGGUGCGGUCAGAACAAUCUUGAACCGAACACAGUCAAACUGUAGAAAUGAUAGUAGAUUUUAGGAGAAGCCCUCUUAUUCUACCACUUCUUACAAUACUAGACAACAAAGUAUCAACAGUAGAGACCUUCAAGUUUCUAGAUUCUAUAAUAUCUCAAGAUUUAAAAAGGACAACUAACAUCAAAAAUGCCACUGAUAGUUACAACUGCAGAAAAAACAAUUGCUACCAGCCUGCCUUCCAUUGAGGACAUGUACAAUGCAUGGUCCAGAAAGAGGGCUGUGAAAAUAUAGCCCUCUCAUAGCCUGGACAUAAACUUUCAAUUUAUUCCCUCAAGAUAAUGUUAUAGGGUAGGCAUGUCAAACUGAUAAUGUCAUGUGACAUAUUGCGACUUUUUCCCCAUUGCUGGCAAUGGAGUGGGCAUGGUUUUGGUGUGACGCAUCCGGUCUGCGGGCCAGCAGUUUGACAUGCCUGCUAUAGGGCAUUGCAAGCCAAAAUAACUAGACACAAGGACAGUUUUUCCUCCCAGGCCAUCACUCUGCUAAAUAACUAAUCCCCACAACACUGUGAAAUUACCUAGUAGGGCUGUAUUACUACUAUCCUCAUUUUUCCUAUUACCUAUUUCCUUAUCUUCUUAUGACUGUAACAUUGUUUCCUGUAUCUUACAAUUUAUAUUGUUUUUUUUUUAGUAUCCGAGUAUGAUUUAUGUUGAUUACUUAUUUAGUAUACUAUGACUAUCACUAAGUGUUUUAUAAUUGUGAUGAAUGUAUUUUGUGAGUAUGAUCAUGAUUUAUCACUUGUUGCUUACAUGUACACUGAGAGCAUAUGCACCAGAGAGAAAUUCCUUGUGUGUCCAAUCACGCAUGGCCAAUAAAUAUUUCUAAUCCUA